CGGCGGCGGCGCGGCGGCGACAUCGUGGCCAUGGCCUCCGAGGAUGACUUCCAUCACAGUUCGAACUCCACCUACAGAACAGCAAGCAGCUCCCUCCGCACGGACCAGGAAGCACUGCUUGAGAAACUGCUCGACCGCCCCCCGCCCGGCCUGCAGAGGCCCAAGGACCGCUUCCAUGGGGCCUACAUCAUCUUCUUCAGCUUGGGCAUUGGCGGCCUCUUGCCGUGGAACUUCUUCAUCACUGCCAAGGAGUACUGGGUAUUCAAGCUACGCAACUGCUCCAGCCCAGCCUCGGGGGAGGAACCUGCGGGUUCGGACAUCCUGAACUACUUUGAGAGCUACCUGACCGUUGCCUCCACCGUCUCCAAUGUGCUGUGCCUCAUGGCGAACUUCCUGCUCGUCAACAGGGUUCCGAUUCAAGUCCGUGUGCUGGCCUCGCUGACUAUCAUGCUGGCCAUCUUCUUGGUGAUGACUGCACUAGUGAAGGUGGACACCUCCUCCUGGACCUAUGGCUUCUUUGCUGUCACCAUCAUCUGCAUGGCGAUCCUCAGCGGGACCUCCACCAUCUUCAAUAGCAGUGUCUUCGGCAUGACAGGUUCCUUCCCCAUGAGGAAUUCCCAGGCACUGAUAUCAGGAGGAGCCAUGGGGGGCACCAUCAGUGCCGUGGCCCUGCUGGUAGACCUGGCGGCAUCCAGCGACGUCACGGACAGCACCCUGGCCUUCUUCCUGACGGCAGACGUCUUCCUCGGGCUCUGCGUCGUGCUCUACCUGCUGCUGCCGAGGCUGGAGUACGCCAGGUUCUACCUGAGACCUGUUUGGCCAGCCCAUGUGUUUUCUGGGGAAGAGCAGCCACCCCAGGACUCCCCCAGCGCCCCCUUGGCAGCCUUCAGAUCCCGUGACUCCUCUAUACCACCCCUUCGCCCCAUCCUAAAGAAGACCGCCGGCCUGGGCUUCUGUGUCGUCUACCUCUUCUUCAUCACCAGCCUCGUCUUCCCUGCCAUCUCCACCAACAUCGAGUCCCUCGACAAGGGCUCGGGCUCGCCGUGGACCACCAGGUUCUUCGUCCCCCUCACCACCUUCCUCCUGUAUAACUUCGCCGACCUGUGUGGCCGGCAGGUCACAGCCUGGAUUCAGGUGCCGGGGCCCAGGAGCAAGGUGCUCCCCGGGCUGGUGCUCCUCCGGACCUGCCUCCUCCCCCUCUUCAUGUUCUGCAACUAUCAGCCCCGCAUCCACCUGCACACGGUGCUCUUCCAGUCCGACCUCUACCCGGUGCUCUUCACCUCCCUGCUCGGGCUCAGCAACGGCUACCUCAGCACGCUGGCGCUCAUGUACGGGCCAAAGAUCGUGCCUCGCGAGCUGGCCGAGGCCACAGGGGUGGUGAUGUCCUUCUAUUUGUGCUUGGGCUUGGUCCUGGGCUCAGCCUGUUCCGCCCUGCUCGUGCAUCUCAUCUAGAAGAGGCGUGAUGGCAGGAACCUUGGAGCCCUGCAACAGACACUUUUUAGGAGCCCCGGUGGGUGGCGAGCGAGUGUCGGGAGGGCUGGGUCAGCGUGCAGAAGAGAGCGGCAGCUGGGCCUGGUGCAGAACCGAGCAUGCCUGGGCCUCCUGUCUCCCUGGGGAGCUGGCAGCCGUGCCAGGCACACAUUCCAGACACUUUCAAGAGCUCUCCUGAGACCUCUGAAUGAGACCAAAAGACAUGUGAGUGGGGCCCCAUGACCACAGUUACUCAGAGGACAGUGGACAUGCCCAUAGCCUUUCUGGUUACAUUCCAUCUCGUUUUACAGCCUCUUGUGAACUCCGUCGCCAGUGUUGACUCCAAACUGUUACAAGGCCAGUGCCAAAACCCAACCACAGGCCCUUUGACUCUCCCAGUCUUGCUCCCUCCUGGGGACAGCUGGACGUAGCAAUUCCCAGCCCUCCCUCUCCAGGGGGUUCCCCUAGAAUGGAAAUCCCCUGGAGGGACACCUACCGGCUCAGUGGGUUAAGUGUCGGACUCUUGAUUUUCAGCUCAGGUCUUGAUCUCAGGGUCCUCUAGUGAGU